CCGGCGCUCCGGGGCUCGGCUGCUGAGCGCAAGUGGGAGCUGGAGCUGCGGUUGCUCGUGGGUUAGGCAGCGUUCCGCCGCUAUGUCCCACUCGGUGGUCCUGCGCGGUCCUUCGCCGUGGGGUUUCCGCUUGGUGGGCGGUAAAGACUUCAGUGCCCCGUUGACCAUCUCCAGGAUCAACCCUGGCAGUAAAGCAGCCAUGGCAAACCUGUGCCCGGGAGACAUCAUUCUGGCAAUUAAUGGGGAGAGCACGGAGACCAUGACACAUCUAGAGGCACAGAACAAGAUCAAAGCAUGCAUGGACCAGCUGCUGCUCUCCGUGAACAGAGCUGAAGGAAAGACCUGGCCGCCUCCUGUUCUGGAAGAUGGCAAGGCUCAAGCAUACAGGAUCAACAUAGAGCCGGAACCACAGGACAACGGACCGGCCCAGAGCAGGAGGACGAUGCCCCAUGUGCCUGGUGGCAGCGCCAUGGACAACAAGCAGAUGCUGAAUGUGCAGCACCACCACCCGAACCGGCUCUAUGCCAACAGCAGCUCCGAGUCAGCUCUGCCAGGCCAGCUGAGUGGCCUCCACAUAUCUCCUGCCCACAGCAUCGACCCCGUGAAGUCUCUCCCACGGAACAGAAAUGGGAUUGAUGUGGAGUCAGACGUCUACAAGAUGCUUCAGGAUUAUGAAAAGCCCAUUUCGGAGCCUAAGCAGUCUGGGUCCUUCCGAUACUUGCAGGGCAUGUUGGAGGCUGGUGAGAAUGGUGAGAAGCUUGACAAGCUGAGCAACCCCCGAAGCAUCAAGUCCCCGGUGUCCAAGCUUGGCGGUGCCAUGUCCGGGCUGCAGAUGCUCCCUGAGUGCACCCGCUGCGGGAACGGCAUCGUGGGCACGAUCGUCAAAGCUCGGGACAAGCUCUACCACCCCGAGUGCUUCAUGUGCGACGACUGCGGCCUCAACCUGAAGCAGAGGGGUUACUUCUUCAUCGAAGAGCAGCUGUACUGCGAGACGCACGCCAAGGAGAGGGUUAAGCCCCCCGAGGGCUAUGACGUGGUCGCUGUUUAUCCCAACGCCAAGGUUGAACUUGUCUAAACCCGGGCUGAGCUGUGCAGAGGGCGGGCGCCCACCCACCGCCACCAGCAGCGCUGGGGCUGGAAUCAACCCCCGUUACCAGAGCCCAAGUCCCAGUGCCUUUCCCUAGAUAAAACCGUUUACAGUCGGGAUCUCCGGGGGCUGGUGUUGAAAGCACACGAACAGGUUUUUCCCUUCUUUUUGACACUCUGCUUUUCGGGUUGCUGCAGUGGGAUAUUAGCCUGUGCCAUAACCUUAUCCAAGAUCUGUGUAAAUAUUGAUUAAUUCUCUACUCUGUUUCCUACGAAACCAGUAUUCCCCCUUUUCUGUCCCCGCUCCCCUUCUGAAAAAGCAAGGAAGAUGUUUUAAAAGCUCGUAGAAAAUAAGGCACUUUAACAAAUGA